AUGAAAAGUCUUGUUAUUGUGCUGGUAUGUGCUGUGCUCGCUGAGGGACUCCACAGGUAAGUGCUCCAACCACACAUCUCUCUUUCUCUCUCACUUCAAAUAAUAUAGUCUCUCACGUUCUUUCCUUUUCACAUUUUCACUCCAUCCAGAUGCCCUUUUUCCCUAAAUCCUCCCUAAAACACUUUUCUUUUCUCAUCUCUCAUAGUCACUGAUAACUCCUUGUCGCUCUCUCUCCUCCUCUUUGCAAUUGCAAAGUUCACCUUCAUAUGACAAUCUGAGUGUAUCUGUGUGCUUGUUACCCUAGGAUCCCUCUGGUGACGCAUAAGUCAAUCUGUGAGAGAAUGAUGGAGAAGGGAGAACACCUGCCCUACCAAGACCCCGCUCUCAAAUACUUUCCUGAUGAGUUCGCUGGCUCCACCACCAUGUACAUCAACAACUACGCCGACGUACGUACACGCUCUAAAACACAAGCUUAUGGUCUAUCUAGAAUGUCAAUGUCUUAUCUGUCUAUAUGUUCAUAGUAGUCUAUUUUAAUAUUCUAGAAUGAAAUUCUAUGAUGUAGGCUAAUGUAGAAAUGUGAAUUAUAGGUCUAACUAAUUACAUAACAACCAUGUCAAGAUAACGACUAACUCCAUGAUCUAGACUAUAAACCACGCCAACCACUCUAGAUCUGAUACGUUGUUGUCUGAAUGUAUUAGCAGCACCACUAUCUUUUGUUAGCUGUAUUUUCCCUGUUGUGUUUUCAAGACCACCUACUACGGAGCCAUCAGCAUCGGUACUCCCCCCCAGUCCUUCCAGGUGUUGUUUGACACUGGCUCUGCCAACCUGUGGGUUGACUCCGUACUCUGCAACACUCAGGCCUGCAGUGAGUGCAGCUGGAUAGCUUCAUGACAAUGAAUGCUACUGCUAGCUACUAUCACAACUACUUACUAUGUGUAUUAAUUAAAUACUACUUCCUCAACAAUAAAUGUUAUUAACUGUACUACUACUACUACUACUACUACUACUACUACUACUACUGUACAUCUACUACUACUACUACUACAAUCAGAGAUACUUAAGUCACUUCUACACACUUCCCAGAUAAAUAAAUUGUAGACACUAUAUUUCCUCUUUAAGUUGUUUGUGACCCUUCCACCUGCAGACACCCACACAAAGUUCAACCCCCAGCAGUCGUCCACCUACUCAGCCAAUGGGAAUACUUUCUACCUGCCUUACGGAACCGGCAGUCUCAGUGGAGUCUUCGGAUAUGACACCGUCAACGUGAGUCCCACCAUAACAACCUUACAUAUACUAAAGUGCUUCUUCCACAGUUAUUCUUAACUACAAGCAAUAAUAAGCCACAACAGAUACAGCCACAACAGUACAUUUACUUCCAUUCUAACAAAACCAAAGUGUUCCAUGAUGCAGAGUGUGUGUGUUGUUUGUCACCAUUGUCAACUGACGAGCCAGGUCAGACCUUUGUUGUGGCCCAGUUUGAUGGUAUCCUGGGCCUGUCCUACCCUUCCAUCUCAGCCGGACAAGAGACUCCCGUCAUGGAAAACAUGAUGUCACAGAACAUUCUGCAGGCCGACCUGUUCGCUUUCUACAUGACCAUGUCAGUACUCCUACCAUUACUUAUAACACACUUAUACCACUACCACUACCUACCACACAUAUACCACUACCACUACUUACCACACAUAUACCACUACCACUACUUACCGCACAUAUACCACUACCACUACUUACCACACAUCUACCACAACAAAUGUCGGAUCUUAAUUGGACCCCUUUCACCGCACGAGGAAAAUAAUCCUAUAGCAGGAGGAUUUGAAUAUCUAAAGAAGUAUUUAGAUUUGCCCUUUGACUCUUGGAUCAAUGUCUAUUUUUGACGCAUUAAUUCCGCGUGGUUAUAGGAUUAAAACAGAAACAACUCAAAGGUUAACAGUUUAGGAAUUUAAUUAGUGCGGUUAAGGUUAGGGCUAUGGUUUGGGGAAGGCUUAAAACAAAAUAAUAAAAAACGGCGAGCCUACAGUAUGUAUCAUCAGUAUUCAUAAUAUUCUUAAUGCUCACUAGAGCAUUGUGAUCUGCCAUAGUUCAGUGGUCUAAGCAGCUCGCUCUGAACCUCAUGAGUUUGCUCCCAGUUCUGGGCGACAUAGUGACCAGCCUGAGACUACAUUAGACAAGUUAUUUGGAUUUAUGUUUUCAAGCAGUAAAACAAAUAGUCUGAUCAUUUACACAAAGAAAAUAAUCUCAGCUCAACUAAAUCGUCUUUGGAUAGGCUCAAAUGCAUAAACAUCUUCACAGCGUUACGAAAUGAAACAUUAAAGCUACACAAUACAGGUUUUCAAUCAACACCAAAGACCAGUACUAAAUUGACUAAAUAUACUGUACAUAGCCUAACUAUAAAACGUUGACAAGCAUCCUCACUGGAGGAAAGUUUAUCGUUCUACAGUAGGCCUACAUCUGUCAAUCAGCUGAUGGCCUAAAUCAGCUCAUCAACUAAGCCAGGGAAACAAACAGCAGCGGUUUUCACACCUUUCAUUAUGUAAUAAUGGAUAGGCUAAUGGGUAGCCUUCAGAAUGUAGCCUAUUGGAAUAUAAUCAAAUAACAAGGGACCUAUUGCAGUCAUCGAUGGCAUUAAGAUUAUCGGCAGCUGAUGUCUCAGUAAAAUAUCGAUACGCUCUAAAUUCACCCGCACAGCUGAUCUCAAUAGCAACCAAAGUCUUUCAAGAUAUGUUCACCCUCUGGUUGGUAUUGUAAUCAGAACAACUUAGAGUUAUUUUUUAACAGACUAAAGGUGAUUCAGCUAUUUGACAAGCAUUUCAUACAAUAUAAAUAAAGUAUCUAAUGUGGGAAUCUACCCGACACUAAUGUUGGUGUAGCCUAUAGUUAAUAUUUUAUUGGUUUCCUAUUUAUGUUAUCCAAAAGUGUCUGAUAUGGUCAUUUCUUAUCAAGAUCGGGGGUAAAAUAUCCCUGGACUGUCAAUAUUUAAAAUGUGUAAAUAAAUCUAGUAAAUUGGCGGGGAUUGAGUUAUUUGUGCCAGAAGGUUGAGGGCCGGAAUCGAACCCACGCCAACAUGGUAGGCCUAUACAGUGGGGAGAACAAGUAUUUGAUACACUGCCGAUUUUGCAGGUUUUCCUACUUACAAAGCAUGUAGAGGUCUGUAAUUUUUAUCAUAGGUAUACUUCAACUGUGAGAGACGGAAUCUAAAACAAAAAUCCAGAAAAUCACAUUGUAUGAUUUUUAAGAAAUUAAUUUGCAUUUUAUUGCAUGACAUAAGUAUUUGAUCACCUACCAACCAGUAAGAAUUCCGGCUCUCACAGACCUGUAGGUUUUUCUAUAAGAAGCCCUCCUGUUCUCCACUCAUUACCUGUAUUAACUGCACCUGUUUGAACUCGUUACCUGUAUAAAAGACACCUGUCCACAUACUCAAUCAAACUGACUCCAACCUCUCCACAAUGGCCAAGACCAGAGAGAUGUUUAAGGACAUCAGGGAUAAAAUUGUAGACCUGCACAAGGCUGGGAUGGGCUACAGGACAAUAGGCAAGCAGCUUGGUGAGAAGGCAACAACUGUUGGCGCAAUUAUUAGAAAAUGGAAGAAAUUCAAGAUGACGGUCAAUCACCCUCGGUCUGGGGCUCCAUGCAAGAUCUCACCUCGUGGGGCAUCAAUGAUCAUGAGGAAGGUGAGGGAUCAGCCCAGAACUACACGGCAGGACCUGGUCAAUAACCUGAAGAGAGCUGGGACCACAGUCUCAAUAAAAACCAUUAGUAACACACUACGCCCGCAAGGUCCCCUGCUCAAGCCAGCACAUGUCCAGGCCCGUCUGAAUGAUCCAGAGGAGGAAUGAGAGAAGGUCAUGUGGUCUGAUGAGACAAAAAUUGAGCUUUUUGGUCUAAACUCCACUUGCCGUGUUUGGAGGAAGAAGAAGGAUGAGUACAACCCCAAGAACACCAUCCCAACCGUGAAGCAUGGAGGUGGAAACAUCAUUCUUUGGGGAUGCUUUUCUGCAAAGGGAACAGGACGACUGCACCGUAUUGAGGGGAGGAUGGAUGGGGCCAUGUAUCGCGAGAUCUUGGCCAACAACCUCCUUCCCUCAGUAAGAGCAUUGAAGAUGGGUCGUGGCUGGGUCUUCCAGCUUGACAACGACCCAAAACACACAGCCAGGGCAACUAAGGAGUGGCUCCGUAAGAAGCAUCUCAAGGUCCUGGAGUGGCCUAGCCAGUCUCCAGACCUGAACCCAAUAGAAAAUCUUUGUAGGGAGUUGAAAGUCUGUAUUGCCCAGCGACAGCCCCGAAACCUGAAGGAUCUGGAGAAGGUCUGUAUGGAGGAGUGGGCCAAAAUCCAUGCUGCAGUGUGUGCAAACCUGGUCAAGACCUACAGGAAACGUAUGAUCUCUGUAAUUGCAAACAAAGGUUUCUGUACCAAAUAUUAAGUUCUGUUUUUCUGAUGUAUCAAAUACUUAUGUCAUGCAAUAAAAUGCAAAUGAAUUACUUAAAAAUCAUACAAUGUGAUUUUCUGGUUUUUUGUUUUAGAUUCCGUCUCUCACAGUUGAAGUGUACCUAUGAUUAAAAUUACAGACCUCUACAUGCUUUGUAAGUAGGAAAACCUGCAAAAUCGGCAGUGUAUCAAAUACUUGUUCUCCCCACUGUAUGUGCGCGCUGCAGGCAUCAGCCCCACCCCACCCCACCACACCCCACCCAAUGAUUGAACUACAUUUUGAACUUAGGAUACACUUGAAACUUGAUUGUCAUUGCCUGGUGGAGACCAAUAUCUAUCUUGUGUUAUUAAGCUAUAUAAAACGAUGGUUGUUGAUGUGUAUGACUGAGUUUCAGAUAAAAAAAUUACACUUGAAUGUUGCAGUAAUAUGACCUUGGCCUAACGUUUCAGCGAACGAGAGAGACAUUUAUUUUGAUAGCAAGUCCUGAUCCCAAUGACUCAACUGCCCCCGCAUGGAGAGAAAGACAACUGCUCUUUUUCAGGGAUUCACAAGGCUCAUUUCUACUUCCUGAUGCAGAAGGAAAAUCCUCAGUGACAAAAGAGUGAUCAAGUUAAGAACUGACAUCUGUACCACUACUUACUUACCAAACAUAUACUACCACUGGUACUCAAUAUAAAAUACACACAGACGUCACAGAACCUUCUGCAGGCCAAUGUGUUCGCUUUUUAGAUGACCAGGUAAUAUACUUUAAUGUACUUACUUAAUUAUGUACAUAAUCACUGUCAUACUCAUUAUUCCUGCUCCAGAAACAAUAUCACAGAUACAAGGCACAAGAUUUUUGAGGAGAAAAGUGUAUUCUGUGAAGAGUGAACCACCUUCUUGCCAACCGCCUUCUUUCUUUGUAAAACUUUCUGAUGACUUGAAACUCCUUUUCUGAGCAGGGAUGCCCAGCAGGUCAGUGAGCUAACGUUUGGAGGAGUGGACACCACCAAGUACCAGGGUCAGAUCUACUGGACCCCCGUCACCUCCCAGACAUACUAGCAAAUCGGCAUCCAAGGGUCAGGAUCAACCACACCAACCAAACAUACUUAACCAGACACUGACAUCAGAACCACUAAGAACCGGGAAAAGCUGGGGUGAAAAACUCGUUUUGGAACUUUUCAAAAAAUGUCUAAGGCCGCUGUGAAUGCUAGUAUGUCUGUCUUUCUGUCUGUCUAACACUAACCCUUGUAUAUCUCCAGGUUCCAGAUCAACGGUCAGGAGACAGGGUGGUGUGGGCAGGGCUGCCAGGCCAUCGUGGAUACAGGCACCUCCAUGCUGACUGCACCCGGACAGGUCAUGGGAACUCUGAUGCAGUCCAUUGGAGCCCAGCAGGACCAAUACGGACAGGUAGCAGGAAGCCACUAUAAACCACUACAGACCAGUACUAACUGACACCAUAAACCAGUGUAAUCCAGAAGGGACAGUUUGGGGAAACCAUUACAGAGUAAACCAGUACAGGGAGGUUUUGUCUCACUCAUGUCUGUGAAUUGUUUGUUGUUGUAGUACACAGUGAACUGUAACCAGAUCAACAGCCUGCCUACUCUCACCUUCACCAUCAAUGGAGUCAACUUCCCCCUGCCACCAUCUGCAUACAUCCAGCAGGUGAGUGUGUGUGUGUGUGUGUUUGUGUGUGUGUGUGUGUGUGUGUUACCCUCUAAGACUGACGUUAGGAUAAUGAAGGCCAUUUUAGAUGGCUCAAGCUGGUCCAUAAGCCUUGUGUGUGUGCCUCAGCCAUGUGUCAGAAGUGCAUGUAAAUGUGUUUGUGGUGUGUGCAUGCAUGCGCGUUUGUCUGCGUGUGUGUGUGUAUUGCACUCAACAUGCGUGUUCUCCUCUCUCCAGAGCAACCAGGUCUGCUCCGUGGGGAUCACCCCCACCUACCUGCCAUCCCAGAACGGACAGCCCCUGUGGAUUUUGGGAGAUGUAUUCCUCAUGGAGUACUACUCCGUCUACGACCGCACAAGCAACCAAGUGGGCUUUGCCACCGCAGUCUAA